AUGGCUUACCACCCCCAGACCAAUGGACAAGCUGAGGUAUCUAGCAGAGAGAUCAAGUGUAUCUUGGAGAAGGUCGUCAAGCCUCAUAGAAAAGACUGGAGUACCAGGCUUGCAGAUGCGCUUUGGGCUUACCGGACAGCGUACAAGAAACCAAUCGGAAUGAGUCCCUUCCGCCUAGUCUACAGAAAUGCUUGUCACCUCCCAGUGGAGGUAGAACACAAGGCUUUCUGGGCGGUGCGGGAAUGCAACAUGGGAUUCGAGAAAGCGGGGGCUGAAAGGAAGCUGCAACUACAAGAACUGGAGUGCUUUCGCCUAGAAGCAUAUGAGAACUCCAGGUUGAGACCCAUGCCAGGCAAGCUUAGAUUAAGAUGGGAAGGUUCCUACCGGGUGGAAAAGGCUGAGCCAUAUGGCUUCUUCCACCUGAGUCAUCCUUCAAGCUCCAAAUUCAUCAAAGUCAACAGCCACCGCUUGAAGCUGUACCAUGGUGAGAAAAUGAAGGACAACAAGGAGCUAGAGAUCUUCCUCUUGGAGGAUCCACCAACAGAAGAAGACUGA